AUGAAUCAACAUCUUCAAUACGCAAUAAUCAAGCAGGAAGAAACUCCACAACAUGCUUUACCAAAUUUCAGAGAAUUCCUUUCACAAUCCAUGUGUUCUCCAUCAUCUCCUUCUUCUUCAUCUUUACAGAAUUUUAAUAAUCAAGAAUUUUGUCAGGUGAAAUUUGAAGGGCAACAAACACAUCAAGUGGAUAAUCCAAGAUUUGAAGCAAUUUCACAAUCGAGCUCAUCUUUAUCAUGUGAUGGUCAACAUGUUGAUUUACAAAAUGAUAGUUCGAUUCAAGUUUCGUCUCUGAUUCAGAAAAUAGAAGAAAUGGAAAGAAGAAUUUAUGAACAAUCUCAAGUAAUUUCAAAUCUCUUGAAAGAAAAUCAAUCACUGAAAACAAGAAAAAUUGGAAAACCAACUGCAUGUAGAAAAAAACUCACCAACCAAUCAAAACAAAUGACACUUGUCCAAGAAACAUCAUUUAUUGAAAAUUUGGAAUCAGGAGUUGGUGAUUUAAAUCAAUAUUUAGUCAAUUGGAGAGGAAAUCAAUAUGUCAUUAUCAACGUUUUUAAGAAUAGAGAUGAAAUUAUGAAUUAUUAUUGUCCACUCUAUCAAACCACAUUUCCAAAUAAGGAAUUUAAAUUAGUUGUGCAAUGUGAUGAAUAUAAGAAACUAUUCAAAGAGAAUCAGCACAUCAAGACAUCAGAAAAGAAGCAAGCUUGGAGAAUUUCAAUCUUUACAAUCGAUUUUUAUAAUUUUGUUAAGAACCAUAUAAGAGUUUGA